AAGCUGCGUCCACACGCGCGCGCAAUUAUACAAAUUGUAUGUUGCUGCCAACCCUUUGGCGCGCGGCAUUGGCAAUCGGUGGGUGUCGGCGACCUGCCUCACCGUGGGCGGGCGCAUGCGUGACCCACUCCGGCGAGGGGUUGGCGGGGCGCGAAAGUGGCGCAGUCCGAGGGAGUGGGUCGUGGGCGCCGAGCAGUGAAUCGCCGCCGGCGUCACCAGCAGCCCCAUCAGCACGGCACUGUGCUUACAUGUACGGCUCAACGCCUACCAUCGUAGUAACUCCCAGCUGCAAUGCUCCUCUGGUCGGAUGGAGCACGGACGGCUCGCCCGUGGCACAGCAGUUACCUGCCGCGGUCCGAUCUGCCACCUUCAAACACUCGCCAAGUGCGGAAAGCGUAAAUAUAGAGGUAUGCUCCACCGGUGACGAGCAACAAGACGAGCGGGAUGGCCCCACGGACGGUGGUUGGGGCUGGGUGGUGGUGGUGUGCUCGCUGGCGCUGUCGCUCAUUCUCGACGGCAUCAGUUACAGUUUCGGCCUCAUCUACAAGGAGCUGCUGAAGGAGUUCCACGAAAGCAAGAGCAAGACGUCGUGGGUGAAUGCGCUAUUCUUGGCGGUGCCGCUGCUCUCAGGGCCUCUGGCUAGCAACCUGGUCGAGCGCUUUGGCUGCCGCUCGAUGACCAUUCUCGGUGGAGUCCUUGGCGCCGCCGGCUUCGUCCUCAGCGCCGUCGUUGGGAGCUCAAUAGAAGUACUAUUAUUGACAUACGGCGUCAUCACGGGUCUAGGCAUGGCGUUGUGCUACGUGACAGCUGUGGUCGGCGUCGCCUACUGGUUCGACAAGAAGCUGUCCCUGGCCAACGGGCUUGGGGUGUGCGGCACCGGCAUCGGCACCUUCAUCAUGGCGCCAGUCACGCAACUGCUCAUUGAGACCUACAACUGGCGUGGCGCCACGGUUUUGCUCGGCGGCGUUUUUCUGCAAAUGUGCGUUUGCGGUGCGUUAAUGCGUGAGCCACAGUACAUCCUGAAACAGAGAAAGAAUCAGCGAAACAACGACAACAACAACUCGUGCGAGACAUUGCGCGUGCAGGAGCCUGAGAAGGUCAGACGCAGUUUGACUCCAGCACCUCUUGAAGGGCAGCUUGUGCAACAUAGACACUCGUUGACCUACCGCGGUGCUAUGGUGUGUCUGCAGCCAAGGAGAGAAUUCAGCGAAGACAACCGCGCCACCUCUUGCCCUGACCUUCUACUGCAGGUGAAGCUUCCUUCUAGGGCUCCGGUCCAGCGGCCGCACUACUGGCUCGAUGCCGGACUCUUCUUGGAGCCGGCCUUUUUGCUCCUCUCCGUCAGCACCCUGCUACUCUUCAUGAGUUUCAUCGUGCCGUACCUUUACCUCGCGGAGCACCUUCUUCGGAAGGGCUACACAGAUAAUGAAGCUGCUUUCCUGAUCUCAGUGAUCGGCGUGCCCAACACCCUGGCCAUGGUGUUCCUGGGCUGGGCCGGCGACAAGCCAUGGCUGCCAGUGAGCAAAACAUACGCCGUCUGCUUGAUCGUCUGCGGCAUCUCAAUAUUUGUGAUGCCACUGGUUGUAUGCUCAUACGCGGGGCUGAUGACGGCAGUCAUCUUUUUUGGCCUCUCCUUCGCCGCCAACUACUCCUUUACUCCCGUCCUCCUCGUCCAACUGGUCGCCAUGGAACGCUUCUCGGCCGCGUACGGCCUCAUGCUGCUUGUGCAGGGUGCUGGGAAUUUGAUAGGUCCACCAUUAGCAGGUAUGAUCUCCGACUUGACUGGAAAUUGGGACCUGGCGUUUUACCUUGCUGGUGUUUUGACUGUGAUAGCUGGCUUUCUCACCUUCCUCAUCCCUCUCUACAGCAAACCAUUACCAAGCAGAAAAAAAUCGUCAGGAGCAACGCAAGUGUGAGAGGAUAACAAAAACUGAACCCGACAUUGUUAAUAAUGUAAACACACAUACUAUUUCUCGAGAUUUUUUUACAUAACUAAUGAAGACUGAGCUGUGAUCGAUUGCAGUGAUAUUAGGACUUAACUAUACUCUUAUUGUUAUUAUACAAGAAACUACCCUAGUAUUAUGCAACUGGAUACGCAGCACUAUCAGUAUUUUUAAGCCUCAUCAAUGUUAAUAUACUAUAAAAGUAUAAAACCAUAAGUGCAAC